AUGGGGGAUGAAGUAAAACAGAAACCCACCCUUGAGACCUCCAUGGAGAAUGGAAAGAAGGAGAAAACCAAUUCAAAUGACGAGCCAGAGAUUAAAUACGGAGGAAUUAAAGCCAUGCCCUUUGUCAUUGGAAAUGAGACCUUUGAGAAGCUUGGUACAGUUGGCUCUUCAACAAAUCUUGUUGUCUACCUGACUACAGUUUUCAACAUGAAGAGUGUCACAGCCGCCACGCUUCUUAAUGUCUUUAAUGGCACCACAAACUUGGCACCUCUAAUUGGAGCUUACCUCUCUGACACUCACUUUGGACGUUACAAGACGUUGGGUUUUGCUUCAGUCUCCUCUUUCUUGGGGAUGGUGGUGUUGAUGCUGACAGCAGCAAUCUCAGCGCUGCACCCACCAGAGUGCGCGCCAGGUGGUGCGUGUGUGGGGCCAACAUCUUGGCAGCUAGGCUUCUUACUAAGUGGGUUUGCAUUUUUGGUGGUUGGAGCUGGUGGCAUCCGGCCUUGCAACCUAGCCUUUGGAGCUGAUCAAUUCGAUCCCAACACUGAAUCUGGCAAGAGGGGUAUCACUAGCUUCUUCAAUUGGUACUACUUUACCUUCACAUUCGCGGUGAUGGUAUCUGUAACCGGCAUUGUCUACGUGCAAUCAGACGUUAGCUGGGCUAUUGGUUUGGGGAUUCCUGCAUUUCUAAUGUUCCUUUCAUGCGUUAUGUUCUUUGUGGGAACAAGCAUUUAUGUCAUAAUAAAGCCUCAAGGCAGCCCCAUAACUAGUGUGGUACAAGUACUUGUUGCUGCUACAAAGAAACGAGGCCUCAAGCUUCCAGCUGAAAAUUCAGCUAUUUCUCUUUUCAACUAUAUUCCCGCCAAAUAUAUCAACUCUAAGCUUCCUCACACACAACAAUUUAGUUGUCUCGACAAAGCUGCAAUAAUUGGAGAUGAAGAUCAAAUUAAUUUGGAAGGUACAGCUACCAAUCCAUGGAAACUUUGUAGCAUCCAACAAGUUGAGGAAGUGAAAUGCUUGUUGAGGAUAAUCCCAAUAUGGUCGACAUCCAUAAUUUUUCAUAUUCCCUUGAUCCAGCAACAGAGUUAUGCAGUUUUCCAAGCCCUUCAGAUGGAUAGACGUCUAGGCAAGACCAGUUUCCAGGUGCCCGCCGCAACGUAUGUAAUCUUUACGAUGAUAACCCUAACCAUUUGGAUUCCUCUCUAUGACCGAAUUAUCGUUCCAUUUCUUCAAAGGCUUACUGGCAAAGAAGGUGGAAUAACGUUGCUUCAAAGAAUGGGAAUCGGAAUGAUUCUCGCUAUUCUUUGUACGCUUGUUUCUGGACUGGUAGAAGGAGAGCGAAGGCACAUUGCUUUAACAAGGCCCGCCUUAGGUCAUACGAACAAAGGUGGCUCUAUAUCGUCGAUGUCUGGUAUGUGGCUGAUACCACAACUUGCACUUUCUGGACUUUCUGAGGGUUUCAAUUAUAUUGCACAGAUUGAGUUCUACUAUAAGCAAUUCCCAGAAAAUAUGAGGAGUAUUGCUGGGUCAUCCUUCUUUGCGGGAAUUGCUCUCUCUAGCUAUCUAAGUGGUUUCCUUGUUUCUCUAGUCCACCACAUCACUUCAGGAAGUAAAACUGGAGACUGGUUGGAUGAUGAUCUUAACAAGGGGAAAUUGGAUUACUUCUAUUACAUGAUUGCUGGUUUGGCGAUCCUCAACUUAGGAUAUUUUCUUUUGUGCGCCAAGUGGUAUAGAUAUAAAGAUGCUGAUAAUGGCACAGUGGAGAUGGCUACAAAGGUAUCUGAGAAGCAUAUUGUAUGA